AACGUGGAAGGCCAAUAAAGUAAAUGUAGUUGGGAAAUAUAUGUAUAUAUCCUUAGGUUAAUUUGAAGAUGACCUGGUAAAACAGGUAGGCUAAAUAUUCCAGAAGUUUCCAGGACUGCCAUACAUCAGUAGUCCAUGAUUUUCUGUUACACUUAUUCCUCUGACGUCAUCCGCGCUCCCACGCGCGUCCACGUGCGCUCGGCCUGUCCGGCUCUCCCCUUUAAAAGUUUCAGCCCGCAAGAGAAGCGCCACAAUCUGUCUGUGCGCAGAGCAGGGCGCACAGGUGCGCGCGCAGAAACUAUGAGUAGGACGCUCCUUUUCCCGCUGUUGCUGCUGCUGCUGCUUUGCGGCAGUUCCGCAGGAGAACCGCAGACUCCAGCUGCUGUAGAAGAGUAUUACAUAGCGGCUGUGGAGAUCGGCUGGGACUACAUCCACCUGGAUGAUGCGUCUGAGCAAAGGGUCAAAGCUGUUCCUCAAAAAUACAUCAAGGCAGUUUAUAGAGAGUACACAGACUCUACAUACACCAUCCCUAAGGAGAGACCAGCCUGGGCAGGUAUUCAGGGGCCGACCAUUGUCACUCAGGCUGGCCAUAGAGUGGUGGUGCACUUCAAAAACCUUGCGUCUCAGCCGUACAGCAUCAGCCCUGUGGGGAUCACGUACUGGAAGCAGUCUGAAGGAGCCGGGUAUGAUGACUCUACUGCAGGCCAGGAGAAGGAGGACGAUGCCGUCUCCCCCGGAGGACAGUACGAGUACGUGUGGGACAUCAACCCAAAAGAUGGCCCCACCGUCAGUGACCCUGAGUGCCUCACCUAUUCGUACUCAUCCCAGGUGGAUACAGUCAGAGACACCAACUCUGGCCUCAUGGGCGCCCUGCUCAUCUGUAAAUCAAGCGCCUUCACUGAGGACGGUCGUAGGAGAUACCCAGCCUUUGUCCUGCUCCUCGCAGUCUUCGACGAGACUCAAAGCUGGUAUGGAGAAAGGAUGAGCAGAGAGAUGUUCAAGAUGAGCGAAGGCAGGAAGGUCUACCACACCAUCAACGGAUAUGUCAACUCUACUCUACCUGGUUUGACAAUGUGUCACAACCAUCAUAUUGUGUUCUGGCAUCUGAUUGGGAUGAGCACUGCUCCAGAAAUCCACUCCAUCCACUUCCAGGAUCACUCCCUGCAGGUGAUGGCACAUCGUAAAGUCAACUUGGAAAUAACCUCGAUGUCAUUCAUCACUGCAGAAAUGAGACCCACCUCUCCAGGCCGCUUCCUCAUCAGUUGCCAGAUACAUUCUCAUCGCUACGAUGGGAUGAAUGCAGAAUUCAAUGUGGAGAAAUGCCCUGAGCCCGAGGUGCGCAAUGUCAAAAUGGACAGCGAGGAGAUGAGUUACGAGGACUACGCCUCCAUGUUCAACACUGUCAACAUUCCGAAGCCUCCGUUUCAAGUGAGAUCCAGCCGAGAACAGUCCAGAACAUGGAAGCAUUUUAUUGCUGCUGAGGAGAUCCCGUGGGACUACACUCCUCAUCUUAAACCUACAGACAGCUUGUUGCAGUCGCGAUAUUUACCUGCACCUCCCCAUCACCUGGGUUACAAGUAUAAGAAAGUUGCAUUCGUGGAAUACACUGACGCGUCCUUUACCCGGAGGAAAAACCUCCAGCAAACAUUGCUGGGUCCAGUACUGAAAGGAAAAGUCAAUGAUGAGAUCCAUAUCGUCUUCAAAAACAUGGCCAGUCGUCCCUUUAAUAUCUAUCCCAACGGCCUCACUAAGAUCCUUCCUCUUCAACGUUCUUCCAAUGCUGCAGAGAACAACUUGCGUUCAAUGGGAGUCCUCCCCAAUGAAACAUUUGGCUACAUUUGGAGGCUAACAACAGACGAUGGACCUUUGAAGGGCGACCCUCAGUGUCUGACGCAGCUGUAUCAGAGCACCUUUUCACCAGAGAGCGACUUGGCUUCCGGGUUGGUGGGCACCCUGCUUAUCUGCAAGUACGACGCCAUUGAUACUCGAGGACGGCUGCUGGGGCCUGACGAGAGGCAGAGUUUGAUAUUUGCUGUGUUUGAUGAGAACAAAAGUUGGUACUUUAAGGAAAACAUGAUGCGAUCCAGUCAAAGCUCAUACAAUGCAACCGAACCAGGAUUCUAUGAGUCCAACGUCAUUUACAGCAUAAACGGCAUCAUGUUCAGGGGACGCCAGUUUGUCGUGUGCCAGACCGAUGUCGUGUUCUGGCACGUGGCCAACGUGGGAACCCGGAGUGACUUUCUCUCAGUGUAUUUCACGGGAAACCUCUUCCACCGCCAAAGCCUGUACCAAUCUGUGCUCACCCUCUUUCCCAUGACUGCCGAAACUAUUCCCAUGGAAACCGAGCUCACAGGAGAGUGGGAGAUCAGCGCCUUUGAUAGCAGCCUUAAGAACAAGGGCAUGAGCAUCCGCUACACUGUUCUACCCUGCAACAACAGGGACGUCUCGCUGUAUGAUUACAACAUAGAUGAAAAUCUUUCUGACUAUCUGGAUGAAAUCCUUCCCCAGCCGAGAGGGCUGAGACCUCAAAACGGCACGGCCUUGAUUCGAGUCUGCAAAAGGCACCUUGCGAACAAUCAGAGUAAUCCCUUGAAUAUGAACCGAACUGAGGACACUGGUAAAAACUGUGAGCUGAGGAGAGUCCCGAUGGCAUUACUCGAAAAGAUCAAAUCUCCUGAACAGGAAGAAAUUCCAGAGGAUAUUCUGGGAAAAUUAGACAGGGAAGGGGUCUGGAACGCUCAUCAGAACCAAAGUGAAACUGGGGUCAAAAGGAGGAGAAGACAAGCAGAAAGGAACUGGACUGAAAGCGACACAAGUUUUGAGGCUCUAGGCGAUAAUGGGACUGCGCUAGAUUUUGUUGGAGAAAAUAUAAACAGCACAGCAAACAUUACUGCAGACAUUGAGGAGAUUGUUGAACAAGGUGCCGAAAAUUUGACUGACAUCAAUUCAGAAGUGAAAACCAAGGAACUUAGUGUGUCGCUUAGAGAAAAGAACAAGACGGUUAAACUGGAAGAGGACAACGACUUCACACUGAGCCCAGAAGUACAAAGAAGCAGCGAAGUCUUGGCUGAAAACAUAAACCAGAACUGGGAACUGCUGAGCCAGAUAUCUGGUGAGUCCGAUUGGCUCACAGACGACAUGCUGGAACUGUACAACAACAUCAGCGAUGCUAACACUACACAGCUGGGCUUCUCCUUAGAGUACGACGACUACAUCGAUGGGGGACACAGCACGGCAGAUGCGUUUGGAGAAGUGAACCCACGCUCUGGAGAAAAACGCCCUCGGCUCUACUACAUCGCUGCAGAAGAGAUCACCUGGGACUAUGGCAUCAGAACACCACACCAGUUCAUCAAGCGCAGACAAAUGCAGCGAGGGAUGAGGAAGUUCUUGCCCGAGUAUAAGAAGGUGGUGUUCCGAGCGUACAUGGAUGAUAAAUUCCAGCAUCCAAUUGGCAGAGGAGAGCUUCAGGAACACUUGGGAAUAAUGGGGCCUUUUAUAGGAGCUGAAAUAAAUGAACUCCUCACAGUGGUUUUUAAAAACAAAGCAAGUAGACCGUACUCCUUUCACCUUCAUGGAGUCUACGAUGGAAACCAAGGCUCUGGAUUGGGACAAGCUGGCUCCAAGGAUGCUCCAGUCGGCAUUCCCGGAGAGCCUGUUUCUCCAGGGGAAAUCCGGACGUACAACUGGAAAAUCAAUAAAAAACAAGGACCCACUGACUCUGAAUUCAACUGCAAGACAGGAGCUUACUACUCCACUGUGGACAAGGAGAGGGAUCUUCAUUCUGGUCUGAUUGGUCCGUUAGUGAUCUGUAAGGUUGGAACCCUGGAGAUUCAUCUUCACACAAAGCCAACAGUCCUGGACUUCUCUCUGCUUUUCCACGCCUUUGACGAAACCAAAAGCUGGUACCUGCAGGAGAACCUGGAGAAGUACUGCACCCCGCCCUGUCAGGCCAGCACAGACGAUCCCUGGUAUCACACAAGCAACACGUUUGCAGCGAUCAAUGGCUAUGUGGCAGAAACCCUACCAGGUUUGAUGGUUGCCCAGCAUCAACAAGUUAGGUGGCACCUGCUGAAUGUAGGAGGGGACAAAGAAUUCCACGCCGUGCACUUCCACGGUCUGCCUUUCACCGUUCACACCAAACAGGAGCACCGCAUGGGGGUGUUCAACCUUUUUCCAGGUGUUUUUGGGACUGUGGAGAUGACCCCCUCCACAGUGGGGACGUGGCUGGUGGAGUGCACCAUAGGGGACUACCAGCUGGCUGGCAUGAGAGCAAAACUGUUGGUUUAUGACCCCUAUUGUUCCAUCCCUCUGGGAAUGAAAUCAGGAUGGAUUAAAGACUCCCAAAUCACAGCGUCGGAUCAUGAAGGAAACUGGGAACCGAGGCUGGCGAGACUUGAGAAGUCUGGUUACAUCAAUGCCUGGAUGGGCCGAAGCAUCAAGUCAUGGAUACAGAUUGACCUUCAGAGGCCCACCCUGCUGCAUGGCAUUGAGACCCAGGGAGUGAGAUCGAGUCUGAGAGACCACUACAUCACAUUCUUUAACAUCUCCUACAGCCUGGACCAGAGGACAUGGACAGACUACAGAGAAUACAACUCCAAGAUCUCGACGAACUUCCCUGGCAACUUGGACAGCUCCACAGUGAGGCGAAACAGCUUUUUUCCACCUUUUGUGGCUCGCUACGUUAGGAUUCAGCCCUUUCGCUUUAAGCGGAAGCCCGCCCUGCGCCUUGAACUGCUGGGAUGUGAUGUCAACAGCUGCUCCUUACCUCUGGGACUAAAGAACAAGAUUCCUGACAGCAACUUUACUGCCUCCUCCUCUUACUCAUCUCUGGUGCGGAGCUGGAGCCCCAGCCUCGCCCGUUUACAUCAGACUGGCGGUGCCAAUGCCUGGAGGCCAAAGAACAACAACCCCCACGAAUGGUUGCAGGUGGACUUGGGCUCCGUGAAACGCAUCACAGGAGUCAUCACUCAAGGAGCGCGGUCCGUGCUGACGGAAAUGAUGGUGACGGAGUUCUCGGUCACCUACAGCCAGGACGAGCACACGUGGAGCAGUGUGUUGGAGGACAACUCCCAAAGAGAGAAGAUCUUCACAGGAAACAGCGACGUAGACGAGGAAGCGCUUAACUUUUUUGACCCUCCUCUGUUCGGCCGCUAUGUUCGGAUCCACCCGCGGGGCUGGAUCAACGACAUCGCCCUGCGUCUGGAGCUGCUGGGCUGCGUCACACAGCCGGGGGUCUGAAAGCAGCAGUUAGGAGCCGGAUUUCAAAGAAACUAUAUUGUUCUAUAGAGCACUUAAUUUAAUUGAAAAACUAAAGCUAUUUUGGCCAGAAUGUUGUUUACAUUUCCACUUUUUCUGCAUUCAAUGUUUGUGUUGAGCUUUUCGAGAGAAUGUUAAUGUUGUUGAGAACAGAUGUUUGUCAGAAAAAGUAUUUAAACUUAUAAAAGCAAGCGUGUACAUAUUCUAGACUCAGAUGUGAAGUUGGGUUAUCACUGGAUAAAGUUUUUGUGCUUCCUUUAACGUUUUAUAAAAACUGUUUCCAAGCA